AAUCUACAUCAGUGUGUCACAGAAAGUUUUUCGAAAUGGUCACAAGAUUCGAGAGAUCAAAGAUAAAUUUUUCGUGUAAAAUUUACGAUGAAUUUUCCAUUGAAAAUAAAGAAACGGGAAGGAUUGAAGAGUUUUAUAUUCAAGAUCUGCCGCCAAAUUGCUAUAAUGAAGCAGCAAAUUUCAUGAUCGAUUAUUAUGUUAAAGAUGAAAUAUUCCAAAAAGCAUUCAAUUCGACUAUAGACACGAUGCUCGAUUUUUACAAUUUCGUGUUCAAACAGAGAGUCUCUUUAGGAUGUUUUGUGAAAGAAACUUCUGAACUUGUUGGGGUAAACGCGUUGAGUGUCAAAAGCAAAGGAAUUGACACAAGUUUCAAGAGUGAAAAUGAAAGAUUUCGAACAAUACGCGAAUGUUUUGCUUUUAUCAACAAUCACUAUGAUGUUUUCGAUCAUUACAAUGUAAACUAUUUUCUAUAUGCUCAUGGACUUGCUGUCAAAACGAAUUAUCGCGGACGAGGUAUCGCACUGAAGAUUCUUAAAGCCCGCAUUCCUCUAAUGGAUGAAAUAAACGUGACCGUAACGUCUUCACUUUUCACUUCAAAAGAAGCACAACAAGCAGCUUUUAAUGCGGGCUUCCACGAAGACUUCUCCAUGUCUUAUAAAAUAAUCGAAGCAAAAUUUCCCACAACAAACUUUUCAAGUGCUAAUUGUGAAGAUUAUAUGGCACGUAAACGUUCAAUAUUUUCGAUCUAUCCUCAUGUUUAUCAUGAAUUUGUUGUGAAAGAAGAUGAUAAAGAUGUUGAAUUUGUUAUUCAAAAUUUAACUGAUGAGUUUUUUGAAAGUGCUGUGCCGUUUAUUGUCGAGAAUCAUGCUCGUGGUGCUGUUUUUCAUAGAGCUGCAAGAACAUUGACAGAUGAAAAGGGAAAUCAAAAAGUUCAUGCGAUGUACGAAAAUGUGUUUAAGGAGAAGAAUUCUCUUAUUUGUUUGGUGAAAGGAACAAAUGAAAUUGCUGGAUUAAAUGCAUUAACAAUUAAAACGAGAAAUGAUUUUAUGAAUCCGGAUGUGUCUGUUGAUCCUUGUUUUAGACUUCUAAAUGAAUCAAUAAAUUUUAUUAACUCAGCUUUCAACGUGUUUGACCAUUACGAAGUUGAUCGAGUUUUGUCUGCUGCUGGUCUUGCUGUUGAUAAAAAAUACCGUGGAAAAGGAAUCGCAACGCAAAUAUUAAAGACUCGUGCAUUGUUGAUGAAAUCGAUAGAUCUUAAAGUAACAACUUCAAUAUUUUCAACUGAAGGCGCUCAAAAGGCAGCAGCAUCCGCUGGUUAUGAUGAAAAUUAUUCAAUCACUUACGAAGAGCUUCAGGAAAAAUUUCCUGAAAUGAAUUUUUCAUUUGUAUAUGGAAGAUCAUGCAAGGUUCUCUCAAUGAAAAUUUAACUGUUGUGAAAAUAAAUAAACAAAGGUUGCAGAAAAGAUAAAUUUAGUCAUAGCUACAUCUUCAUUCAGAAAAAUAAACUCUGUUAUCAUACCUUCAAUUACCUAUUAACAUAAAUUCACACUGAUAAAUGAUAAAUUAAUUACCUCCAGAUUGUAUUAUUUUCUAAUGUAGAAUAAUGAAAUUGCGAAAUAAAAAUCGAUCAAGAGCUUAACAGUAAAAAAG